ACGAAGAAGACUAACAUGGCGUAUAAGGAUGCAGACUGCCGUAAAACUCCAAAGAAGAAGAAGAAGAAGAAGACUAACAUGGCGUCUCUCAGCAGUGAUGAGUGGAGAGCUAUCUGCGACAAAUUCACCAACGCCCAAAACCUUACUGAUGUAGAAUCACGAAAUGAUCCAGAAAAUGACCUGUUCCGCUCUAAAUACAAGGCCAGGGAGCUCCUCAGAGAGAUAUACUGCUCGCUGAAGAGUUUCGAGGCUGGGGAAGGUGAUGAGGACGGCGGCGCGGAGAGCAGCGAGCAGCGGGCGGCAGAACCGCCGGUGGACGGGCAGAGGGAGGACGGGUUCGGCGAGGGCUUCAGCGGUGACUCGCCGGCUGGGCUGCGGGCCGCUAAACUCGGGGCUGUGGAGUAUUAUCUGGGCGUUAACCAUGUUGACACAGAGGAGCUCUCAGCCGGACAGGAGCAUCUGAUGAACUGCAUGAAACAGCUGGGGAGAUGCAGAGUGACGUCCGAGAACGUGUCGCUGUUUAUCCAUGUCAGGAACCAGCUGGGCAUCCUCUGGGCAGGCCGGGAUGAGACAGAGACAGCUCAGGGAUUCCUCGAAACAGCAGAGUCCAUCUAUCAACGCUACAUGAAGGAGGAUGGGAGUCCUCCCACUGAUAUGACAGAGUAUUUUACUUCUGAGGAGAAGCUGCCGACGCACCAGGAAAGGACCAAGAGGUUUGAGUUGGCCUACACUCAUACCAUGUACUAUCUUGCUCAAGUCUAUCAAAACCUUGGUGAAACUGAGCGUGCUGCCACCUACUGCCACACUACCCUGCAGAGACAGUUACAGUUAAAUCAGUUCAGUCCAAUGGAGUGGGCUCUGAACGCUGCUACAUUAUCACAGUAUUACAUCACUAAGGGCCGAUACAUGGAAGGCAGACAUUGCCUCUCAGCAGCUACUGUCAUAUCAGGUUUGGCAGGAGAGGCUCCUUCUGAGGCUGUAGCACAGGAGAGUGAGACAGAGAGUGACCGCAGGGAACAGCUCAGACAGAAGAGAGCAGAGAUUGCCAGAUGUUGGAUCAAAUACUGUCUCAACGUCCUUCAGGAUUCUAAGAAGCUGCUAGAGGACAACAUUGGGGAGCUGGAUACAGAUCGUCAAGAAGAGCUGAAGAGAGCAAGAAGGCAAGAGGAGGAGGACGAAGAGAAGGGCAGGAAAAGUGCACUGCUGUUUGGCUCUGAAGACACCUUUGACUCCAUUGCUAGUCUAGAAGAGAAGGUGUGCUGUUUGUCCCCACUGGACUUCACUGAGGCCAGAGGUGUUUUUCUGGUGGGACAAAAUUAUGUCAAACAGGCCAAGGAGUACUUUCAGAUGGACGGCUAUGUAACAGACCACAUAGAGAUCUUGCAGGAUCACAGCGCUCUGUUUCGGGGCCUGGCUUUCUUUGAAGAGGAUCUGGAGCGGCGCUGCAAAAUGCACAAACGACGAGUUGACAUGCUAGAGCCAAUCUGCAACGACUUGAAUGCUCAGUACUACCUAUUGAUUCGCAGACAGUUGAUGUUUGAGUUGGCUGAGAUUUACAAUGAAAUGAUGGACCUGAAACUGACGCUGGCCAACAGACAAGCAGAUACACAGUCUCUAGAUAACCACACCAUUAAGAAAUUCAACAGUCUCUGCUCUGCCUCUGCCAAAUACUUCCAGAUGUUCCUCGACUCUCUGUGUUCUCCAGAAGGGAAGGUUCCAGAGCAUCUGGAGGAGGAGGUGCUCAGACCAGCUCUGGUAGCCCGGUUCAGAGUGGCCCGACUCCACAGCCGGUUGAUCAGCCCUCUACUCUCUGCUCAGCUGGACAACCUCAACAAGUCUCUGGAAAACUACAAAUAUGUGGCGGAGUAUUGUGAGACCCACCCUGAGGCAGCAGCUGCUGUGGAGACGGAGCUGGAGCUGAGUAAAGAGAUGGUGGGCCUGCUCCCUCUCAAAAUCAACCGCCUCAAAGCAAAGAUGGCUACAAACAACUGAAGGACACCACUGUUAUCUAAUAAUCCAUCCAAUAAACCUGUAUUUAUAUUUACCACCUUUAUAGUCAAUGUAUAACAAUUACUGGAUGGAUGGCAGAUUGACUGACCUUCUUGCUUAUUUGUAUCGGUGAUGGCCUUUUUGUUGUGCAGAGGGCAUGCUGCUUGACAUUACACACUGUACAUACUGUAUGUGCUCUCCUCUGUGUACUAAGAUGUGUGGUCAAUUUACUUUCAGUUCAGAUAGCACAUCAGAUAUACUCUCUUCGUGAAUAUGAAAAUGUAUACACUGAUUCAUACUUGCCUUCUGUUGUUAAUCUCAUUGGUUUUAAUUUUGUGGAAUUAAAUUAAUCGAAUGUGUCGAGUCAAGUGAAAUUAGUUAUUGAAUCGAUUGUAUCUUUUCCUUUUGAUGUCAUGAUGUGGAAACCGAUCCAGACUCUCUGAAUUAGUUUGUAAAUAGUCAAGCAGGCUGAUUAGUGGGUCACAUCUGAAUCCCCUGCACAUCAGAAAUUUGAAAUAACGACUCAUUUGUUUCACUGCACAGUGCUUGAGCUUCUUCCUUCUGGAAGGAGGUUUAUAGUAUAUGGUGUUGAACAAAGUGGGAUAAAAAUCUAUUUGUUUGGGGUGUUGAUUAGCUCAGUUGGUAGAGCAUCCGCCUCAUGUACAAAAAAAGGUUCAGCAGUGGCCCAGGGUUCGAAUCCGACCUGUGGCCCUUCGCUGCAUAUCAUUUUGUUCCAGCAGCCAUCACUCCGAUGAAAAAGUUUAAUUGUUUUUCUCUUAAGUCCUGAUUAUUGGAGUCUUGAGUACUUCUGUCAUGUUUGUCCAUUGUCUGUGUUAAGAUGGAUGCCUUUUCUGAUUACUGUAUACAGUAUUUGUUUGUCUGCAAAGCAAAUCAGCCCACAGGAAAGUAACCUUAACUCUUAUUUCAGCACAGUAAUACUCUGUUCAGCUACUUUAUUUCUCUGACGGUGAAACAAACUGCAACAAGGAUUAGUAUAAUCAUGUUAACAAUAGGCAUGCGGAGGUACAGAUAGUAACUAUGUGAGCUGUCAGAAACAACCAUCCCAGUGACAGUCUUUAUGAGUCACCAUAAUUUGCAUGAUGCCGGUGUAAUCCAGUUGAAUUUGUGUAUUUUUUUCCUUGUGUCUAAGGAAUCAGCCUUCUGUAGAUAUUGUAUGUAAUGAUAAUAAACAAAUGAAGUAAAACAUGCCUACUACUCACAA